AACAUAGCAAAGAUAACUUCGAUAUAACAGGGUAUUUUGAAGAAUUCUUUCACUUUACUGAGGAUAUUAAUGACAUAACUAAGGAUAUUGAGGGUAAUCUUAGUUUUCGUGUUAUUGUCACCACAUUAGAUGACACUCAUAACCAUAAUUUAUCAUCUAAAGUGAUUCAAUUUGAAAAAAAUAAGCAAUUCACAGAUGAAAUGAGAAAAGAAAUUGAAUUUUUUGUUACUAAGUGUCAUUUGAAUGCAACUAUGGCAAUAGGACAUGAUAACACUGCGGGUACUAAUAGAUACAACAUGCCUCUCUCUUUAUUUGUAAUACAGAAUGAUAACAUGCAGUCCUGUAUUGUUGCUCAGGCUUUUGUCAGAAAUGAGUUAACUAAAACAUACCAAUGGGUUCUUAGAAUGACUAAGAAAGCAAUGAAUAAUAGAUGCCCACAUGUAUUUGUGAUCGAUGAUGACCCAGCAAUAGAACGUGCUAUAACUUUAGAAUAUCAGAAAACACACUAUCUCUUUUGUAUUUGGCACAUUAAAGAAAACAUUAAAAAAAUGUUGUGGAGCAAGUUAGGGGAUCAGUUUGAUGAAUUUUAUAGUAAGUUUUGGCAAUGUCGAAAUGCUGAUACAUCAUUGCUGAUAGAACGAAGUAGUGAGGAACAAAAAAGAAAAGAAUUUGAGGAAUGGAAAAGGGGUAUUCCUUCUAUGGUAAACACAACCACCAUUUUUCCCACAAUCGAAUCUUUAGUUAAAUGCUAUUUGAGAGUGAAUGUUGCACAUUUUUUAGUAGAGCAAAUGAAGGAAAGUUUAUACUAUACUGCUAGUCAUGUUAUAAUUGAAGAAAUUGAGUCACUUACUUCUUAUGAAUCUUCACAAAGUGAAGAUAUAGAUGAUGAGUUUGACGUAAUUAUUUUGUGUGCUACAUAUCUGUUGAAGCAUUUAGAACGAACCUCGAUUGUGGAAAUCUGGAAAAUAUCAAGAGUUAUAAGCCAUAGAAUCAACCAUUUUAUAUUUCUUCUUGUGGAUGGUUUGUAUAGUUGUACUUGCCUUUUGCAACAAAGAAAGAGGCUUGUAUGUCAUCAUUUUUACCAUCUUUUAAAUAUUACUAAUAAGGCACAAUUUAGUUUACAAUUAAUUGUGCCACGUUGGAUUCCUAAGCAACAAAGGUUAGAUGUACAUGUGUGGUUGCAACCAUUUGCUAGUGAAGAAACAAAAGAGAUUGCAAAUGAUGAUUUUAUCAAUGAGAUGCUCUUUUAUAGAGAAGUCUGGGGUCUUGCACAUACUGCUGUCAAUAAAUGCAUGUUAUAUCGUGAUAGCAAGUUUGUUUUAUUAAUUGAAGAUUAUUUAAAUAAAAUUUAUGCUAGUGAGAAAGAGUUGACUAGGGUACAAGAGGACAUGACUAGUGCUUCAACUAGUCAAAUGAAAACACAGAAAUUAGUAUGA